GCUGCCGCUGCCACCGACGCGGUGGCGUUCAGGGGCGCGAGACUGCGGGAGCGGGAGCCCCAAGGGCGCCUGCCCUUGGCCUUGGCGGAACCGGGAGCCAGCGGAGCAUUGAGGACACAAUGACUGUCAGCAUAGUUUACGAUAACUCUGAGGCCAUGGAGCUGUGUGCAGCUCAGCACCUGUAUCUGAAGCCCAUAGCCAGACUGACCAUCAAUGUUAUGCUGCCUGAAGAUCUCAGAUACACUAGAUCAUUUUCCAACUGGGAGAUAUUAGACCAGCUGAAGAAUCUCAUUUGUCCAGAUCAGUUUAGCACUGUUCGACUUUCAAAGAGCACCAAGGACUUCAUUCGGUUUGAGGGAGAGGCAGAGACUAGAAGCCUGGUCCAGAUCCUGAAGGCAAAACUGCAUGGGAAAAUCAUCAGGGUGAAUGGCUUGAAGAACGGCUUGAAAAUAUUGGCCACAGAUUCCUGGUUAGACUUCCCAUCCCAGCAAGAGUGGGAAUUGUCCUCCCAGAAAAACAAGGCAGCAGGUGAAGAGCUUCUUAAACAAAACCUUAAUGAGAGCCCCGAUUCCAUCUACUUUCAGGGGUUGCCCUGCAAGUGGUUUGCGUCCAAGGGCUCCAGUGGGGAAAAGCCAUGUGAAGAGAUCCUCAGGGUGGUGUUCGAAAGCUUUGGGAAAAUAAAGAACAUCGACAUCCCUAUGCUUGACCCUUACCAAGAAGUGAUGGCCACUGGUCCCUUCAGCCAUUGUACCUUAGGCAGCCUGCAGACUUUUGAAGCCUUCAUCCAGUAUCAAGAGUAUGCUGAUUUUGUCAAAGCCAUGGACUCCCUGAGGGGAAUGAAGCUGAUGCUCAAGGGGGAAGAUGGGAAAGCCCUGGCCUGCAACAUCAAGGUUAUGUUCGAUACAACCCAGCACUUCAGUGAGGGAGCUAUAAGGAAAAGAAACCAGGAAAGGUUAAAAUUGCAAGAACUGGAACAGGAGCGAAAAAGAGAAAAGAAGCGAGAAGAGGACGAAAGGAAACGGAAAGAUGAUGAAAAGAAGCUCCGAGAGAAGAAAAGGAAAACCAAGAUCAAAAGAAAAGAACAGAAGCAGAAACCAAAGGAGGAGAAGCGCCCGAAAAAGAAAGCUAAAGUUGAGGAAUGUGGAAAAGUCAACAACCAGGAGGUGGAGAACGCUAAAGCCAAAGAAGAAGCGGCUCGUGUUCUGGAGUGUGAGGUGAAGAUAUCGAAGAGGGAGGAGCCAAACCCUCCAAGUCUUUUGGGCCAAGAGGCAAAGAAGAAAACAUCCAAGAAAAAGUCUAUCAGGUGCGAGAGAGCCCUCACCCCCCAAACCAAGAAGGGGAAUGACUUACCUGAAUCUUCUUGUCAUUUGGAGAAAACCCUUCCAGAUGACCCAACCGAAGGAGAACAUGCUGCUGACUUACUACCUGACACAUGCAAGCACGGUUUGGUCUCUCACUUGAACUCCUUACAGAUUACAAUUAAGCAAGACUUGAGCCAGCCAGUCCAGUCCGUUGAAGAAGAUGAAGAAGACGAUGAAGAUUGGCAUGUAUGGAACGCAUCCUAUAAAGCCAAGCUCCGUAAAGAAGGCUGUGGCAAAAGAGAGAAAAUCUAUGAAACGGAUGAAUUUAUUCACUACCUGUUAAAUUACUACCAACCUCCACAAUAUGACCGUGUUUAUGAAGACCCAAUGAGGGCCAUGAGCAAAUCUCGGUGGCAGAGGGAGGUCCGUGACAUUGGAAAUGGGUUUCAGAUCAACUUGAACCAGUCAGACCAUCACAUCAUGCAAAAUGGGCAAAAGGUCGAUUGGGCCGAAGAAGAUGGUCAGCAGUGGGAGCCCAGACCAAGAGAGGCUAUGAAUACAAGCCCUGCUCAAGAGUUUGCAAAGAAAGUUAAACGCCAUUGCACAGAUCCAGCUAAUGAAGCUGUGGAUCUUGUGUCUGAUGUGGACGGAGAGCAGUGCCCUUUGCAAAACUCCCAUAUUGGCCCAAUCAAAGACUCCAAGCAUAGGAGUAAGAGAAAAGGUUCUUCACAAUCCAAGCUAUCUGGCUCCUCUUGUGAGGUGUCAGACUUCUUAGAAGAGAUCAGUAGUGAUUCUGACUGCUUUAAUGAAACAAUAAGUGAAGGGAGCGAGCAUCAGAGUCCAAAUUCAGGCCGCUUGGUGACGGUGAUGGUGAGGGAAGACUCAGAUGACUACAAUGAAACUAUUGCCUUUGACCAAGAAAAGAAAUGUAGCUACUGUGGUAUGUACCCAAAGUUAAAUCCUGCGGACUUGGCCAAGCCCCUUAGGUCCAAGCUUAAGAAAACAGUUAAGAGGUCCAGGAAUGAAUUAAAAUACCCAGGGCCCCAGAGUGAAUGCGAAACCAACGGGGUUGAGAAAAACACCAGAAAAAAGAAGAAAAAGCCAGAGGAAGCAGACAGACAUGAUAAAGACGACUACCCUACACCAGACCUCAGCAGCUUACAGUCCCUCGGAAAACCUGAGAAGAAAAGGAGCAAAGUGAUGGAAUCCAAAAUGAAAUGUAAACCUUCUUGUGGGCCAGUAGCAUCGUCACAGAGCAUUGACAUCCCACCUGGCCAGGAGCUUUCUAAAGAUAUGGAUAACCCUUGGAAGAUGAAAUCUGUUCAACAAAACGUGGGAGCCUCCAACAGAUGUGUUAAAUGGAAGGACCAAACCCCGACUUCCAGUGUUUGUGUCGCCAGCUGUGACGGUACGCAUCCACUUGCCUCUGACAAUGGUUUUGGAAAGAGAUCCGUCCUUAAAUUGAAGAGUUUUUGAAAGCCGCCAGGCUCAGACACCCAAUUUGUUUGUGAUGGUAAAUGAUUCGAAAAGAGAAAAACCAAGAAACAAAAACCACAAAGCGAGACCUUAGGAAUUCAUUGGCUAGAUAGCAAGAUGUCACUUAAAAGUUUUAGUUGUGGCCACUUUAACCCUUCAUCUAGUAUAGCUCAUACAUUGUGAUGACAGCAGGUAUGUUAGUAAAGCUUGGGGAGAUUUCUAAGAUGUGCUUGCAGAUUACUGCUAGCUAAGAGUGAACAAUCUAGUUUAAUUGAACCUUCAGUAGAGUGUCCCACAAAGCUCAAACAUAACUUGCAGGGUAGGGAAGCAUCCUUAGCCACAUUUUCUUUGUUCACCCCUGAUUGUUACCCCAGAUGACAGCUGGGAAUAGUGGGGAUCUUUUUCUGUUUUCUCUCAUUUGGUCAGAAGUGAUCUAUGAUGCAGUAAGCAUGAUCUUUGCUGAUGUUGUAGCCCGGUUCUUAGCCUGCUUUUGUGCCUUGGACCCCUUCAACAGCAGUCUAGUGAAACACCAUUUUAAAUAGUUUUUUUCAUAAUUAAAAAGAAAUGCUCAAUUUCCGUUAGAGAUAAGUGAAAAAAUAAAGAUGUGGGUUUUUCCCCCUUCCAAGUUCAUGGAUCCCUUCAAAUCUACCCAGGUUAAGAACCUCUGGUCUACAGGUCCCUUUUCUUUUGGUUUCUUCUUAGCAUAGAGCAGUCAAAUGGAAAGGAGAAACAGCUAGAAGCUCACUUUGAUUUCUUAGAGAAAUGAUUUUGAGCAUUUUUAUGGGCAGUGACCUGAAGAGAAUCUAUACGGUCAUCACUAGACCAUUCUUUUUUGGGACACCAUAUGGCAGAAGAAUCUAACUAUUCAGUUCAUUUUCAAUCCUACCAAUCUUUCCUGGGUGCCACCUGCUAUGUGUUCAGACCCAAGGAAGAGAUGACUUGUUCAGAAACACCUAGAACAGAAGUAGACUUGGGGGGAAAAGUACAUUAGACCAAAGGGCAAGAAAGAAUUCAUAGGGAGGAAGGCUAAUGUGCUUGGGAGUUUAAAUGGGACAGCAGAGCUCCAAGGAUCUGGCAACAACAUUCCUGGAGCGUCUGCUGUGUGGGUUGCCCUAAAGACAGAUGACAAAAUUGUUUAGAGUUGAGAAUGCAAUCCGUUUGUAGAAAUCAUUCAAGUGUCCCAAACUUUGCUUUUCAAAGACCUCCUCAUUUGCCUGAGCCUUUGGUGGGUUUUCUGUUUGGGAAAAGGUCAAGUUCACGUGUUAAGAUUUCUUGGAUUUGGGGGCAGCUAGGUGGCACAGUGGAUAAAGCACUGGCCUUGGAUUCAGGAGAACCUGAGUUCAAAUCCAGCCUCAGACACUUGACACUAGUUGUGUGACCCUGGGCAAGUCACUUAACCUUCAUUGCCCUGAAAAAAAAAAAAGAUUUCUUGUAUUUACAGGCUCAAAAUGGGAACUUUUUUUUUUAUUGUAUUCUGUGUUUGGUGCUGCUUAAAGCUGAGCCCUUCCCUAGACUCAUACAGUCAUGACUUCGAGAAUUUUGCGGCAUAAGCUAUGUUGAAGGCUGGACUUAGGUACUCUAAGGACCGGUGAUAAAGAUAAUUCCAACAAAGCCAUCCUUGGCCUGAACGAUUGAAGAUGAAUGGACUGAAUCAGAGACUACUUGAAGCAUAAAUGCUGUUCAGUGCUCAGAAGUCAUAGCAAGCCAGGUUUUGUAUAAGCAGGCUUAUUUAAAACAGGCCUGAUUUUAAACUCUGAUGAGUUUCUAUCAGAACACAUUACCUGAGUUUACCAUUUUCUACAUUCUGUCUUGUAUCAUAAUUAUUUCUGUAAAAGCGCUUCCCUUCCAGCCAAUGAGAUUGUAUAUAUAUAUAUGCCCCCAUCCUAUCCAUCCAGUAAGAUCUAUAUGUGCUUCUGUCCCCCCUCCAGUCAAUUAGAUUGUGUUUAUGUGUAUAAGUCCAUCUUCCCUCUCUGCUCCCCCAUCACCAGCAAUUAUGGUGUAAGCUCUCUGAGAGCAGGAUCCACCUCAUUUCAGGAGCCCCAACAAUUGUCUGAAGCCUCAUAAAUAGCAGGGGCUUAAGAAAUAUCUGCUAAAUUGGUUGACUUGAAGCAUACUAGGACCCCAUCUCCUCUCCCCCCACCCCCAGUAGUCUGGAAUGUGUUUUCACCAAAAUUUGAUUCCUGGGCCAGGCCUUCUCUGGUCUACAGGAAGCUGGGUGGUGGAAAUGAAUGGCCUAUUUUCUUGAAGUCUGGUACCUCAUCUUGGAUGGAAUUCUUCAAAGUUACCAAAUACCCCAAUUUUUCUGCAUUAGGAACCACAUGGUGAUGGUUUUAAAUAUUUAAGUAUAUAGCUAUGUGACACAACAAGGACGCAGCCAAGAAUGUGUCGUGAUGUACCAUAUGCGCUUAUUACCGUUAUGUUAACUUGAAUAAAAUUGUGACGAGAAAAAGGUUCUGUUUUUCCUGUCAAACUUGGCUUUUCAUUGAAUGACUCAGCAAACUGGGUGUGGUCUGUUGUCAAAUUUCAAAUCCCUCCCCUGUAUCAGAGUGCCUUUUCUCCGUGUUCGCCAAGGCUCAGGAAUGACUGCUGAUGGACGUUCAGAGGGAGUCACUAUUUUUCAGAAUACCUUGGGAAGUUCGUACAGCUUGUCUUUUGCCAAGGGACUUUGUGUGAAAAAGUGUUGAAAACCUACCCUCUUUGGCUUCUGGGUUCUGCCUUUAUUUGCAAUCUUUUGUACAGUUGCGCUGAAGAGAUUGUAACAGGUACAUUUAUUGUGACAAUUUGUUGUUUCUUUGGUCAUCCGGUUCAGAGUAUUUUUCUAUGUAAAGUUUAUGGGUAUAAAAAGAUUUGCUACUGAAUGCUUCUGAAAUGAAACUUUUAAUUGCCAUAGCAAUUAAACAACAAACAUUAUUAAGCCUCAGCAGUGUGCUUCAGUGCACUGGGGUUAGAUAUACAGACCCGAAAUGAAGAGCUUACAUUCUUUCUGAAUGUAGCAUAUGUAUAAAAGUCUUGGGGUAGCACAACAAAGAAUAAGAUAAGAUAAGAUAUGAGUGCUGGACCUAAAAUUAGGAAAGCUUAAGUGAUUCAAAUAUGGCCUCUGCCCCCUUACUAGCUGUGUGACCCAUGGCAGGUCACUUAAGUUAACUCAUGAGCCCCCCAGGUGAGGGCCUCUGUCUCCGACUUCUCUCCUAAGUUAGGAAGGAGAAGCGAACUGCUUUGUGGGAGGGCAUUCCCAUGAAACCCACCUAUGACAUCCUUGGCUUUUUGCCUGAUUUAGUAUCACAGAAUUGGUGCUAAGGUAUUCAUUUGUAGCAUUCCGCUCAGCACCCUUCUGGGGCCCAGUCAGAAGUAAAAAUACUGGUUUUGUGUUUGUGUGCAUUCUCCAUUCUGCUCCUCCCUCUUCUAGCUUAAUGUUUGAGGUUAACUCUUUAGAAUGCACAGAGAAAAACCAAACUCUCCCCCCCCAAAAAGAUUCACUUGAUAUUCCAUACUUUAGAAAUUCAGUGGCUCCACAAAAAUGAGACAUGAAACGUAAGACUACUGUCAGUUAAUUUUCUUGAUAACUUCUUAUCUGUCUUGGUAGGAAAUCUGUGUGGUGUUAACAAUUUGCUCUACCUUUUGCUGCUUGUGCUAUUGAAUUAUCACCAUGUUAGCUUUCUGUUUGACCUCUUAAAUAUGUAACUAAUGUGAUGGUGACCCUUUAUAUAAGAUUCUGAAAGCCUUUAGAAAGCUAAGCACCAUUGGGUCAGCAUGUUUUAGUUCACUUUGCAUGUCUCAGAUUUCUCAGGUAGGAAAAAACUGACCUCCUGGUGCUGUGAUAGAAAAACCGGAAUAUAUUUGUAGUACUUUUCUGAUGGUGACAAUCCGGAUUUUGAAUGAAUUGUUAACUUGACGUCUUACAAAGGUUCACAUCUGUAAGACGAAUGAAUGACUUAGCCCGGUUAUCAGUCCAAUGAAUUGUCACUCAGCAAGUGCUUUGUACAUAGUGCGUUGAGUUCCCCCCCCCCCCCUUCAGUAAGGAUUUAUUAGAUAUCUAUCCCCUUCCUUUGUGUUUAGACACCCUAAGCUUUUUAGGCUUUCAGCCCUUGGUGGAGGUGCUGCUCCACAGCUUUUAAGUAUAAGUAGCCCAAGGACUUGAUGGGGGGAGGGGAGGAAGGAGCAUAUUUGCAUAACUACUAAUGGCCUAGUUGGCUUGGGAAGUGUACCUACCUGUCUUAGGCCUUGCAUAAUCUUGGCUAAUGCAAAUUCAUUCACCUGUGCUCCUUAACCUGAGGUCUAUGGUUUCAAAGACCUCAUAGACAUGAUGCUGUUGGGAAAAAAAAGUGGUGAUCACCUAGAGAUGUUGAGCUUGGAAUGGGGCCUUAGAGGCCACCAGGUCUGACCUCCUUAUUUUGUCAGGGAAGAAACUGAGGCCCAGAGAGAAGUGACUUGCCCAGGGCCACACAGCUAGUAAAAUCCCUCUGAGAAGGGAUUUGAACCCAGGUUUAUCCUGACUUCAAGUCCAGCACCCCUCCAUUCCAUUAGAGCAACAACAGAGCAAGUGAAAUUGUAAAGGCUAACUUCUCGGUGGCAUGGUUACAAAACAUUUUCAUAUGUGUUCCCGUUUGUUCCCUGCAAAGUAGGACGGUAUUAAAUCCUCUCUUAAAGAAUCCUAUGGGAACUUGUAAGGGACAUUAACCCAACUGUGAACGAUAUUUCGGGGCUUAAUGUGGGAAUUUGUUUUGCUUUACUAUGCAUAUUUGUUACAACAGCUUUGUUAUCCUUUUGGUUGGGGUGGUAUGGGAGGGAGAGAAAAUUGCUUGUUAAUUG